CUUCUGCCCUAUCAACAGGCCAAGGCAGUUUCUUUAUUCAUUAAUGGGAAUCACAGCACAAAGAGGGGACUCCCACUUCACAGCAGAGUGAGUGAGGAGUAUGAAGUGGUAUCUACUGUCAGAAAAGGGUAGGGUAGGAUGGAGUAGGUCAUGUAGAGCCUCAUGGGUCACUGAAGAAACCAGUAUUUCAUAGAAUGAUAAGAAAGUUUGAUUAAGAGGUAACAAACUAAUUUACAUAUUAGAUAUGUGACUCUAGAUUCAAGACUGAGAAGAGACCAUGAAGUGUCAGCAGGAAGAAGUGGGAAGCUGGAGCAGAGAGCCAGGAUGCUGGCUGGACCAGCAGUCUCUUUGGGCACAGUGAGAAGGGCCAGAUUACAGGUCUGUUUACAAGCCAGUGUCAGGGCUGCAGCAAUGGCUCAGUGGGUAAAGCAGUGAGGACCUUAGCUCUGAUCCACAGCAUCCUCACAGAUGCCUGCUGGGCGUGGCUACAGGCUUGUGAUCCCAGAGCUCAGGAGGAGGAAACAGGAAGUCCCCCCAGCUGUCUAAGUAGCUAGACUAACCAUAUUCAUACAUUCUCAAAUCAUACACAUGCACACACAUGUGACUUCACAUGCACAUGAACAUGUAUGUACACACACCAUAAACCUAAAGGAAAAACAUGAAUGUUAGUAGGAGCCAAAUACCAGAUUUGAGAUUUAGAAGAGUCCAGGAGUGAGAAAAGCCCCAGGGUGUGGGGCCUGACAGCCACUUCCUGAAAUGAAGAGCUUGUGAUCUGGACAGGCUCCAGUGAAGAGAGGGAGUGCAGAGAUCCAGAGCACAAAUCUGGGAGAUCAGGCGUUUUUGCUGAACUGGGACCUGUUGGCAAACCUGGGGGGGGUGCGCUUUAGUAGAUGAAGUGAGGCUCAGACAUGAGGCCUGCACUUAGGAGGAGGGGCCACUGCAGGCCUGGAAGAAGCUCUCAAACCUGACUCUGCAGAGACUUCACAACAGGAAAUGAGCUGAACAAAGUUCAACCUCUACUCACGGGGUUCAGAGGAAGAACAUCGGCACAGGCUCUGAUGCCGGGCUUCCUGGAGGACUUCCUGGCUUCCAGAGUCUCUCUCACUUUUGAAGAAGAUAAUUUGGCCAGAGAUUCACACAUCAGUGGUCCCCAGUGGAGGAGCAGGGUUUCUCCAGGAGUGAAUGACAGCAAUCACAGGAUCCACUGCAGCAGAUCAAUUUACAAUUGUUUUCCUGCUACAUGAAGCCACCCCACAACUUAAACCCUCUUAAAUCCAAGGACAGAGCCUGCUAUGAUCUCCAUCAUCCCCCUCCCACAGGAAGCAGCCAAUGAAAGAGUCCUCAGGGUCAGACAAAUGACCUUAAUGACCUAAAAAAAGGAAACUUAGACAAACUGAGAAACCGCUGGCUCAGCAUAACAGCACACUUGCCUGACAGGAAGGCCAAAGCAGUAAAGAGAACUUCCUCUGGCUUUGUUCAUGAAACUACAGAGAACACAUCCACUGAUAAACUUCACUUCCCAGAGUUCCCUUUUCUGCCCUAUAAAGACCAAGCCCCUGCACCUGGACACACAGGCUCCAUCCCCAGGAAAGACCUGAGCCCUUUCGUUGUUCUGAUCAGAGGACAAUCUGUCCCUGUAGAGGCUGCUCUGCAUUUUCUUUAUUUCCAGGAUUCCCCCAUCAGUUCUGAUCAAACACCCUUUCCUAGAGCAGAAAUGGGUGGCAGAGACAAGAAUUCACUGGCCUCCUGCUUGGAGUUAUACUAGAAGGAAGAUGUGAAGUUGUAUGGGAUUUAGCUGCACAUCCAGGCAUCGUCUGAGGGCUCUGUCACCAUGGGAACAGCUCAGUCCAAGAAGGCAAGUAGCUCAAAGGAGGCUCAGUAUAGGCGUCUACGGUUCUUGGAACAUAUCCGACACACAAGGAGACAGAUGAGACUGGAGAUGCAAGGGAUCAAAGUCCAGGCCGAGAAGGACUUGAUGCUAACUGAAACCAGCAUGCAAUUCAUUGAAUGGAUGAAUGCCAGGGAACAAUUGUGCAUGAGCCAAGAAGCCUGGAGACACUUUCAGAGCUCAAAAAAGAAAUCUGAUGAAUGGGAGUCUGAGGACUCUGGAUUCAGAAGCAGAGAACAUUCUUCCUCCACAACCAUAAGCACAGCCAGCAUGCAGGUCCUUGAAUGGACAGAUACCGAGAAACGAUUGAGCACAGACCAUGAAUCUCAGAGACAUUUUCAGAUAUCAAAGAAGAAACUUGAUGAAUGGGAACCUGUGAAGUCUGGAUUCAGAAGCAAAGCUCUCAAUUUGAUUAUUUCCUGCCAUCUAGUUCUCAUGGGAAGUGUUCCAAAAAUAUGCCAGAACCUUGAAGAAAAUGAUGAUCUUUGUAAGACAGAGACCUUGAAAACAGAGGGCUUGCUCCAAAACUUCACACAACUACUACUCCUACAAAAAUCUUGUCCAAGAGACUGGGAGAGCAUGGUCGGGAAAAGCUGGUAUCAAUGUGUAGCAGAGAAGAGAGGACGUAUGAUUGAGAUCCAAGACUUCUUUCACCUAAGCCCAGAUACACAGGAAACGCCUCAAUUAGUUGUAUUACAGGGGGCUGCUGGCAUUGGGAAGUCAACACUAGCCAGGCAGGUGAGGAGAGCAUGGGGGGAAGGCCAGCUCUACAGGGAUCACUUCCAGCAUGUCUUCUACUUCAGCUGCAGAGAGCUGGCCCAGUGCAAGCAACUGAGCCUGGCUAAGCUCAUAGCAAAAGACCAGACUGUGCCCCCAGUUCCCAUCAGGCAGAUCUUGUCUCACCCUGAGAAGCUGCUCUUCAUCCUAGAUGGCAUAGAUGAGCCAGCAUGGGUCUUGGAAGAUCAGAAUCCUGAGCUGUGUCUGCACUGGAGUCAGACACAGCCUGUGCACACACUUCUGGCCAGUUUGCUGGGGAAAUCCAUCAUUCCUGAGGCUUCCUUGCUGCUCACAGUUCGGACCACAGACCUGAAUAAGAUCAUUCCUUCUUUGGGACAGCCACAUUGGGUGGAAGUCCUGGGCUUCUCUGAGUCUGGACGGAAGGAAUAUUUCUACAAAUAUUUUUCAGAAAAAGGAGGAGCAAUUAAAGCUUUUAGCUUGGUUGCCUCAGACCCAGUACUCUCAACACUGUGUGAGGUGCCCUGGGUGUCCUGGCUGGUCUGUACUUGUCUGAAGCAGCAGAUGGAACAGGGGAGACAACUCUCACUCCCCUCAAAGACCACCACAGCCCUCUGUCUGAAAUACCUUUCCCUGAUUCUCCCAGACCAAGCCCUGUUAACCCAGCUCAGAGGGCUCUGCUCACUGGCUGCUAAGGGAAUCUGCAGAAGAAGGACCCUGUUCAGUGAGAGAGAUCUCUGUGAACAAGGGUUAUCUGGUGAUGUCAUUGGCACUUUUCUGAAGAUUGGUAUCCUUCAAAAGCAGCCCAGCUCUCUGAGCUUCAGCUUUUCCCACUUGUGUCUCCAGGAGUUCUUUGCAGCAAUGUUCUGCAUCUUGAAGAAUAAUGAGGAGAAAUGUGGUGAUAUGAAAAUAGACAGAAUUGUGAAAACACUGAUAGAAGUGUAUGGGAGAGAUGACCUGUUUGAGGCACCCACCAUUCGCUUCCUGUUUGGCCUGUUGAGUAAACAAAGGGUAAAAGAAAUGGAGAAGAUCUUCAUCACCCGCUUACCUCUGGACACCAUCUGGAAAAUGCUAUAUAAAGCCAGGGCAUUGCCCGAGCACCUGCAUCUCUGUUCUCUGGGGUUGUUUCACUGUUUUUAUGAGACUCAGAAUGAGGGGUUCCUAACAAAGGUGAUGCACGAUCUUCAAACAAUAAAGGUUUGUGACCCAACAGAUAUGGCUUACCCAGUGUUCCAGACAAAUGUGAACCACCUGGUGGUCCAGACAGACAUGGAGCUCAUGGUGUUCACUUUCUGUAUUAAGUUCUGCCGCCAUGUGAAGAGACUUCAGCUGAGUGGUUAUGGACAGCAGAGACCAACACUGUUGGCCCCCAGGAUGGUUCUGUCGAGGUGGAUCCCUUUCACAGAUACCAGUUGGCAGAUUCUCUUCUCCACUCUUGAGAUCACAGGAAGCCUGGAGGAGCUGGACCUAAGUGGAAACCCAAUGAGCUACUUGUCACUGUGGAGACUUUGUAGGACCCUGAGAUGCCCUGGAUGUCGCCUAAAGAGAUUGUGGCUUGUCAACUGUGGCCUCACAUCCAGCCACUGUGAGGACCUGGCCUCAGUGCUCAGUGCCAGCUCCAGCCUGACUGAGCUAGACCUGCAGCUGAAUGACCUGGGAGACCUUGGUGUGAGGCAGCUGUGUAAGGGGCUCAGGAAUCCUGCCUGCAACAUCACAAUCCUGCGGCUGGACCUGGCUUCUCUCAGUGACCAGGUGAUGACAGAGCUCAGGCUCCUAGAGGCAAAGAAUCCAUGGCUGCUCAUCUCCAGCAUAUGGUGUAGGGAGUCACAUGUACCCACUAAGGACCCAGAUGGAGAAGAAAUGGGUGAGACCUCGAUCUCAAUCAAGCAGCAGAGACUACAGUCAGGACACAAACACAUGAAGCCACAGGGGACUGACGAUGACUUCUGGGGUCCUACAGGGCCUGUGACUACUGAGGUGAUUGACGGAGAGAGGAACCUGUACCGAGUUCAGUUCCCUAUGCCUGGUUCCUACCACUGUCCCAACACAGGACUCCACUUUGUGGUGACGAGGGCCGUGACCAUCGAGAUUGGAUUCUGUGCCUGGAGCCAACACCUGGACAAGAUUCACUUGCAGUACAUAUACAUGGUGGCUGGGCCUCUGUUUGAUAUCAAGGCUGAGCGGGGAGCUGUGGCUGCUGUGCACCUCCCUCACUUUGUGGAUCUCCAAGAGGGACAGGUGGACAUCUCCUCGUUCCGUGUGGCCCACUUUCAAGAACAUGGGAUGGUCCUAGAAACUCCAGCCAGAGUGGAACGGCAUUACGCAGUGCUGGAAAACCCAAGCUUCUCCCCAGUGGGAGUUCUAAUGAGAAUGAUCCCUGGCUUUGUACGCUUCAUCCCCAUCACUUCCAUCACACUGAUCUACUAUCACCUCAAUCCCAAGGAUGUGACAUUUCACCUCUACCUGGUCCCCAAUGACUGCACCAUUCGGAAGGCCAUUGAUGAUGAAGAAAUAAAAUUCCGAUUUGUUCGAAUAAACAAGCCACCCCCAGUAGACUCCCUUUAUAUUGGUUCCCGCUACAUCAUAUCUGGUUCCAGGAAGCUGACAAUCAUCCCAAAGGAACUGGAGCUGUGCUACCGGAGCACUGGGGAAUCCCAGCUCUUCUCGGAGAUCUGUGUUGGUUGUAUGGGUUCAGGGGUUAAUCUGCAAAUCAAAGACAAGAAGAAUAAGAAACUUAUAUGGGAAGCCUUGCUGAAACCAGGGGAUCUCAGACUUGCACAGCUCAUGAUGCCUGCAGUUCACAAAGCCCUAGAUGCUCCCGCCUUGCUACACUUUGUGGACCAGCAUCGGGAGCAGCUGGUGGCCCGAGUGACAUCAGUGGACCCUCUCCUGGACAAGCUGCAUGGUCUGGUGCUGAGGGAAGAGGAAUAUGAGGCUGUACGGGCUGAAGUUACUAACCAAGACAAGAUGCGGAAGCUUUUCAGCCUCAGCAGGUCCUGGAGCAGGACCUGCAAAGACCAAGUCUACCGAGCUCUGAAGGAGACCCAUCCUCACCUGAUCAUGGACCUCUUUGAGAAGUCAGGCGGGAUCUCUGAGGGAUGAGCACUCUCCUUUGAGUCCUGGCUCUGCCUGACCUUCCUUUGGCCCUCGAUUUCUCUGUUUACAAACCAGUGGCCACCUGAGUUGCCUUUCUGAUGCCACUGUUUCCAGGACAGCUCUUUGUGGACCCAGAUGUUUCCUUUUGGCCUUGCCCAGCCUGUUGAUGUGGGAUGAGCAUCUCAGGAAACUUCCAACAGAGUCAGCAAGUCUAUUCAGGCCUUGGCCAGCCUGCUCUUAUGAGUGACCAGUCUCAAAACCACCUGACCAACCAUGACACAAGCAGAACUGGGAGCAUGGGGAUGGAGACAAUGAGAUGGUGCUUUCCCUGGAAAGUAAAUUCUUAUGAAUAGGGAAGGAAGGGGGCUUCUUAAACAUUUCCUGCCUCUUUUUCCCAAAUAAAUUUUAUAUAACCCUAGGUAUAUAGAUAUAUAAGAAUAUAAAACGAACAUUUUUUACUGAAUUUCAAUCUUAAAUAAAUUUAUAUUAAAAUAACUUCUUGUUGUAUUAUAGUUUACAAUUUGAUAAAGAUGACACCAAAUUUGAAAACUACCGAGGUGGAUUAUUUUUUUGCAUAAUGAAUUAAAUCUCUGUUGAAGAUUUGAUGCUGUAAGAUAUAGGUAAACUUCAAUGUGUCUCAGAGUUGGUGAAUUGUACUGAUAUUUCCUUUGUAUUUUAAUAAAUAAAGCUUGCCUGAA